GGCUGGUCUGUCCCUGGGCAGUGGAUCACCUGAUACAGACCUUGGGACCCAAACCCUGGGAUUGGCUUAAAACAGGGUUGUGUUAACCCAAUGACUGGGCCUUGGCUUCCUGUCAAUCUGCGGUCAGAACCAAAGCCUAGAAAUAGUGCUGGGGCAGUCUUCCCAACUCAUUGUGUAAAAGCAGGCAACCAUGCCGGUACUAACCAAGCGCUACCCUAAAAACUGCCUGUUGGCCGUCGUGGACCGGUACUUGGCUGUGGUGUGCAACAUGGAGCAGGUGGUGAUGAUCCCCAGCCUUCUGCGGGAUGUGCAACUGGGUGGACAUGGCGGCCAGGCCCAGAUGGGGGCCCCUGAUCUCUACACCUACUUCACCAUGCUCAAGACCAUCCGGAUGGAUGUGGAACAUGGGCUCCUGCCGAGGGAGGAGUGGCAGGCCAAGGUGGCCGGCCGCAAAGCGGAUGAGGCCGGAAAGGAAGCUGCCGAGACAGAGGAGGCCAAGGAAGACGUCUCCGGGGAGCUGGACCUGGAAACGCAGUUCCAUGUGCACUUCUCCAGCCUCCAUCGAAUCCUUACUCACCUGACUGUGAAAGCUCAGGAAGUGACAAGAAAAUACCAGGAAAUGACGGGACAGGUCCUGUAGGCCUCCGACUCUAGGGAAGAUCACUUUACACAAGAGAAUGCAGACUGUGAUGAGGACUUGCAGCAGUGUGUCAGCCCUGAUUCCAGAAACACCUGGACCUGCAGCUGAAGUGAAGGCGACUUGUGUCUCUGGGAUGCUUCCCUACCUCCCUCUGAGCAUCAAUUUGUGACCUCUAGUCCUUGGCUCACCUUUAGGAUGUGUUGCUAUUCACAACUCCAUUUAAUCUUCUUACCAGCUCAGGGUGGUGGCCAGUGGUUCAUGAGGGAGUAGACAAAGUUAGUCUAGUAUGACACAGAAGAGCAGAGGUGUUAGCCUAUGACCAAAGUUCACAUCCCUCCUCUUGGCAGUCAUCCACCCUGUGACCUCAGGCA